GCAACAUUUUAUUUACAUAUCGUGAGAAAUGUAAUGACAGCAAAGUUCAGGAAUCAGAAUGAGAAAGUUGGAUGCAAUAUUCAGAUACUUGCGGCACUGGAGACAUACAGAGAGAGCUUUUUCAACUAUUGUUUACCACCGUAACAGUUUACCUGCUUUCACCACUAGUCACACAGCUGUCCAGCAAUACAGAUACAAAAGCCAUGACAGUGCUCAACCUAGCCAGAAUCUACAGGACAUGUACAAGUUCCUCCAGUCAUUAUACUCUACACAGAAACAUGGAGUUCUCUCGAUUGAGAGUGGAUGCAGACAGUUCUGUCAAACAUACCGGCAUAUGGAAGAAUCAGAGAAGCUAGCGCUACUGUGUCAUAUUUCAGAGAAUUAUGGUGUAAACCAGGAACUCAUUGUGGAUAUUGUCAAGAAUUUCUUGGAGUCAAAGGAGCGUGGUGAAGCUGUGAUACUGCGUAUAGAAGAGAGAAUGCGUGGAGCAUUGUCUGCCAAGUAUCAGGUGCUCUUCAGUGAUAUAGGUAGAAUAGAAGGUGGAGUAAAGUUUCUUGUAGAUAUGAGAGCUGAUAUCAUGCACCUGCUGUCUUCCACUAAGGAUAUUGACAGAGCCCACCUUCUAGACCUCCAGCAUGCUCUCAAGGACAUUCUGUCUCUAUGGUUUACAGUAGGAUUUUUGAACCUUGAGAGAAUCACAUGGCAGUCUUCCUGUGAAAUGUUACAGAAGAUUUCAGAAUAUGAAGCAGUUCACCCUGUGAGACACUGGCAAGAUUUGAAGAGACGUGUAGGACCAUAUCGUCGAUGUUUUGUGUUUACACAUUCCAGUAUGCCACAUGAACCCAUUGUAGUAUUACACUGUGCCCUGACCAGUGAAAUUUCCUCAUCUAUACAUUCCAUCAUUGGUAACCGAGGUUACUCUACAAGUUCUCUGGAGCAAGAGAAAGUAGAGGAAGGACCAGAGGACCCAAACAAGAUAAAUACAGCAAUGUUCUACUCUGUCUCUAAUACACAGAAAGGUUUACAAGGUGUGGACCUAGGUAACUACCUGAUAAAGAAGGUUGCGGGUGAGUUACAGCAUGAGUGGCCCCAAAUGACCCAGUUCUCUAGUAUAUCCCCUAUACCUGGGUUCAGGGAUUGGUUAAACAGGGAAAUCAAUGCAGCCUGCAGGGAGGACACCCAGGAUGAUCUGCAGCCCAGAGAAACUGACAAGGGAAGUCACUCUUCACAGUUACUGACUGAAACUGACAUCGAGUGUUUGUGUAAUAGUAUAAAUACUGACAAAAGUUUUGCCUCUGCAUUACAAAUAUUUAAGGAGCAUGUGAUGCAGCAUACUUGGGUAAACAAAGAAGAUACAGUGACGGCAAUGAAAGCUCCAUUAAUGAGGUUGUGUGCGAGAUAUCUGUACCUAGAAAAAAGAAGAGGAUAUGCUUUAAAUUCAGUUGCAAACUUCCAUUUACAAAAUGGUGCCGUGUUAUGGCGUUUGAACUGGAUGGCGGAUACAACAUUGCGUGGAUUGACAAACUCGUGUGGUCUAAUGGUGAACUACAGAUAUUACCUAGAAGAUACUGUAGGAAACAGUCAACAAUACAUUGAACAUAAAGUUAUCAAUACGUCUGAUCAUAUACGUCAGCUGUGUGAAACAUAAUGAACAUGUAAUCAAACAGUAAUUAAAAGUUCAAAGAUGAUUUUUUGCUCUGAACUUAGAUACAUUUUCAGCCUUUUAUGAUACAUCAGUCAGGUGUAAUAUAAUAUAUGUCAAUAUAAUAUAUGUCUCAAAACUAUAUGUGUAUAGUUUGUGUUAUGUUUAUAGUCCCAUUGGUUGCCCAUAUAUCAGUUGCCCAUAUAUUCCUGGGGGCCUUCAUGGCCAAGUGCUUAAGGUCGCUGACUUCAGAUCACUUGCCCUGCACCUAUGUGGGUUCGAGCCUCACUUCGGGCACUGAAUUCUUCAUGUGAGGAUGCCAUCCAGCUGGUCAGUGGUUCUACCUAGGUUUCUUGUCCGACAGAUGUUAGUAAUCUUAGUUGAAGGAGUGGUGUAUCAAAGUUGGAAUCCCUUGUUUCAGACUCCGACAUGAAUAACUUAAUAUUUACUAAAUAGGUAGGAAAAACAUUUUGUUUUCUUUAAAUAGUAUAAAUGUCAAUGAAAUAUAAAAGAAAGUGGUAAUGUUUAUAAAAAUGAGAAAACUAUGCGCUAUGUAUAAUUUUUUGGUAUUACCGGUAAAACAGUUUUCUGAAUUUUGAUUUUGACAUCGGAGUAUGUUUAUGUAACAGGGUCCAAUCAUAACAGGGUCCAAUCAAAAAGUAAAAGGCAUUAAUUAUUCCAUUCAAAAACUUGUAUGUCUCUUACCAGUAUAAUAAUAUAAGAACACCAGUUCAAACCAUAAACUCUACAGCAACAAAUGCUUAUAUUUUUAGCUCGACUAUUCAUAGAAUAGUAGAGCUAUUGGACUCGCCCAUGCAUCGGCGUCCUCGUCCGCGUCCGCAUCCCGAUUUGGUUAAGGUUUUGUAUGUAAGCUGGUAUCUCAAUAACCACUUGUGGGAAUGGAUUGAAACUUCACACACUUAUUCACUGUGAUAAACUGACCUACACUGCACAGGUUCCAUAACUCUAUUUUGCUUUUUUACAAAAUUAUGCCCCUUUUUCGUCUUAGAAAUUUUUGGUUAAGGUUUUGUAUGUAAGCUGGUAUCUCAGUACUUACUAAUGGGAAUGGAUUGAAACUUCACAUACUUGUUCACUGUCAUGAUUUGAUAUGCACUAAGCAAGUCCCAUAACUCUGCUCUUUUUUUUUCAAAAGUAUGCCCCUUUUUCGACUUAGAAAUUUUUAGUUAAGGUUUUGUAUGUAAGCUGGUAUCUCAGUAACCACUUGUGGGAAUGGAUUGAAACUUCACACAUUUAUUCACUGUGAUAAACUGACCUACAUUGCACAGGUUCCAUAACUCUAUUUUACUUUUUUACAAAAUUAUGCCCCUUUUUCGACUUAGAAAUUUUUGGUUAAGGUUUUGUAUGUAAGCUGAUAUCUCAGUACUUAAUAAUGGGAAUGGAUUGAAACUUCACAUACUUGUUCACUGUCAUGAUCUGACAUGCACUAAGCAAGUCCCAUAACUCUACUCUUUUUUUUUUUCAAAAUUAUGUCCCUUUUUUGACUUAGCAGUUUUUGGUUAAGUUUUUGUAUGUAAGCUGGUAUCUCAGUAUCCACAAAUUGGAAAGGAUCGAAACUUCACACACUUGUUCACUGUCAUGAUAUGACAUGCAGUACAGAGGUUCAAUACCUCUACUUUGCAUUUUACCAAAUUAUGCCCCUUUUUCAACUUUUGUAUUAAUUCAAUUGACAAGGCUGUUGAAUAGUCGAGCGUUGCUGUCCUCCGACAGUUCUUGUUUGUACAAGAAUUGGCAAGGUUAGGCUGAUUUAUUUAUUUAUUUUGGGUUUAAUGCCAUUUUUCAAAAGUAUUUCAGUUAUGUAACAGUGGGCAGUUAACGGAUUUUAUACCAGGACAAACCUGUUCUCCCCAAGUAACUGCCAACUUCCCCUCAUGAAUUAGAGAUGGAGGACAAAUGAUAUCGGACACAAUGUCAUUUAUCAAAUCGUCAUGGUGAACAUACGCCCCAACCUGGGCCCAAGAUCCGUAGAUCUGGGCUCUCCCUAUUGAACUAAGUGGGUGGGGCAUUGAAAUAAGUCAUUUAAACACAAUCUGUAUGUUGAACCCUUUUGACUGACAUAAUUUUCAUCUGUGUAAAGGUUAGUGAAUGUUUCACUGCUUAGAUAUUGAUAGUAUUAUGUUAUCUACUGUACGUAAAACAUAAAAAACAUAAAUUAAUAGGCAUUUCAUUAUCAUAUCUGAGAUGUGCAAUGCAGUGUUAACAUUUCACUGUUUUACAGUUACUGUACAUAGCCAUAUCCUGUGAGUUAUAAUUUAUAAAAUAGUUUAAGUUUGUGAAAUUUAAACUGAAUGUCAGAGAAAAUGUACUAGAUUGUCAAACUUUGUAGAGUUCAAUAAAAUCCAUCCGUUUAUGUCGAAUUGCUUUGACUUAUUAGAUUUCCAUGUGUGUGAAACAUGAAACAUUGAUAACAUAAUUUUAUAUUUUUACUGAGUGAAACACAGUAUAUAUGUAUCAAGAAUUUAAAGUAUAAAGAAUUUGAUACACUUGUGUUAUAGUAUGGAGAAUUUGCAUUUGAAUUUCUGUGAUAAAUCAAAAUUAUUGCUAUACUAGUCUGAUGAAAAAUAAAGUUGUUAAUGGA